AUUCCGGAACUCCUUGUAGUGAAAUUGGAGGCACUGUUUUAUGUAUGUGGUGGUCCGUAAAUACAGAUACUGGGUUUCGUGUCGAAACUUCGGGACAACCGUUUUUUCCGACGCUAACAAAUGAGAGCCCGGGACGAAGGUGGUCAGCACGGUGCCAACUGAGCCAUCGUGAGUUUUCUAUAUGGGCCAUCUUCUCUCGAAAAAUGGUAAUCGCCUGAAGAAGAAGAAGAAGAGGAAAGCGCAGAAGAAGAGCAAGUGGAGGGACUGCUUCCUGCAGGGGCCGUGCAUGCUCUGCUUCAUCGUCCACGGCAACAGUGACGACGAGCGCCUGGAGAGCAGUGCCGCCCGGCUCGCCGAGCGCUACACCGCGCUGAGCUCGCCCGAGGACUGCGCCCGAUUCCUGUUGUCACCCCCGGAGCUUGCCAUCUGGGAGGGCCCGGGCAAGAGCCUGCUGUCUGCCGUUCCCGCCAAGCUCAUCGCCCCCCCGGUGCUCUUCUGCGGCACCGUGCCCUCCGUGGCCGCCGACUACUCCGACAUGGUGUGUAAGCGCAAAUGUGGGGAGCUGCGGCGCUCUGCGCCGUGCAAGCAGCCCCGCUGUGCCUUCCAGGAGGCCCCCGACAGCACUGGGGUGCGGGACGCCCCCUCCGCCACGGCACACUGCCACCUCCCCCACUGCCCCCUCCCUUCUUCCUCCUCCCCCUCAGAGUUAGAGGCAGGGCACAGCGCGGGCGAUGCAGGAGGCACUGUAGCCGUACUCCAAGGCGGUGGCUCCUCCUCCUCUGCUUCCUCCUCUUCCUCAGGCUGUAAUCACGAGUACGUUGACACCCCCCUGGAAGGUCGGGACUUGGAGGUGGCGGACACCCCCAGCAUCAACCACCUGCCGUCCUCCAUCCUGCUGAAGGUCUUCUCCCAUCUCUCCGUGAAGGAGCGCUGCCUGGGGGUCUCCCUGGUCUGCAGGUACUGGCGCGACCUCUGCUUGGACUUCCAGUUCUGGAAGCAGAUUGACCUCAGCGGCUUCCAGCAGGUGACUGAUGACCUCCUGGUGAAGAUCGCCUCCCGCAGGCAGAACGUGAUGGAGAUCAACAUCUCGGACUGCCGGAAGGUGCAGGACGGCGGCGUGCGCGCUCUGGCCCAGCACUGCCCCGGGCUGCUGCGCUACACGGCGUACCGCUGCAAGCAGCUGAGCGACGCCUCGCUCUCCGCCGUGGCCGCACACUGCCCGCUGCUGCAGAAGGUGCACGUGGGCAACCAGGACAAGCUGACGGACGGCGCGCUCAGGAAGCUGGGGGAGUGCUGCUCACAACUGCGGGACGUCCACCUGGGCCAGUGCUACGGCGUCAGCGACGACGGCAUGGUGGCCCUGGCCAAGGGCUGCCCCAAGCUGCAGAAGAUCUACAUGCAGGAGAACAAGCUGGUGACUGACAAGUCGGUGCAGGCCUUCGCGGAGCACUGUCCGCAGCUGCAGUUCGUGGGCUUCAUGGGCUGCUCGGUCACCUCUCUGGGCGUCAUCCACCUUACCAGGCUGAAGAACCUGAGCAGCCUGGACCUUCGGCACAUUUCGGAGCUCAGCAGCGAGACCGUCAUGGAGGUGGUACGCAGCUGCCGCAGUCUCAGCUCCCUCAACCUCUGCCUCAAUUGGAGCAUCAACGACAGAUGUGUGGAGAUAAUUGCCAAGGAAGGCAGGAGCCUGAAGGAGCUGUACCUGGUAUCCUGCAAGAUCACUGACUACGCUCUCAUAGCCAUCGGCCAGUACAGCAACACCAUUGAGACGGUGGACGCCGGCUGGUGCAAGGAGAUCACCGACCAGGGGGCCACACAGAUCGCCCAGAGCAGCAAAUCCCUGCGGUACCUGGGUCUGAUGAGGUGCGAUAAGGUGAACGAAGAGACGGUGGAGCGUUUGGUCCAACAGUAUCCACACAUCGUCUUCAGCACGGUGAUGCAGGACUGCAAGCGCACGUUGGAGAGGGCCUACCAGAUGGGCUGGAACCCGAGCAGCUCCACUGCGUCAUAGCCACUGCCGCUGCUGCCCACACACACAUCACAUACACAUCAGACACACAUCACAUACACAGUACACACACAUCAGAUAGACAGAUACAGAUAUACACAGAUACACACACGUACACGGAUACAAAUAUGCACAGUUACACA